AUGGGAAGCCGCAUCAAUUAUUCAAAAGAUUACCUUCUUCAGAGUGAAGCAAUUGGAGAUUCAUUUUUUGCAAGUUUUGAAAGCGAACAACAUUCCGACCUUGAAUCCAGUUCAUCCAGCACAGAUUAUCAAGCAACAGUAGAAGACGACCAUUUUACGAUCUCUGAUUCUUUACAUGGAGAUUCUGUCAUAGUUUCCGGCAACACUUCAUCUACGGAACAACAAAAUGCGACAGACGACUCGUUUGCCUCUAAUUGUCCAAUUUGCUUACAGGAUUUCCAAGAUCGGAGUUACUUGAAUUCCUGUUUUCAUUCCUUUUGUGCUUCAUGCAUUCGCCAAUGGUUGAAUGUAACUCCGAGUUGUCCUUUAUGCAAAAGUAAGGUGGAAUUCAUCAUUUAUAAUGUAGACGAGAUUAAAGGAACAUUUUCGAAAUAUUAUGUGGCGGGUACCACGAAUGAAAAUGAAAUGGACGCAAAAAAAUUGAAACUUAAAAAAUGGAUUAAAGAGGUUUCAGAUAACACAAAAUUAGACUCUAAGAAAAAGUCGAGCUCAUCUGUAUCAUUAAAAACAAUAAAAGAAAGAGCUCGAGUGUACGAUGAAAAUCUCCUGGCAAAGGAUAUACCACAACGUCUGAAGCAUUUUGCACAUUUCCAUAACAAAGACAACGAUCGAUUGCGACCAUUCCUUUCACGCGAUCUCAAUGCUAUUCUAAAAGACACUUAUGAUCAAGUAAUAGAAGAAUACGUGCAAUCGGUAGUGGUGUCGUAUUACCAACAGUAUAAACCCCGGGAGGUAAUCAUAGAAAAAUUAAGGCCCUGGUUGGGGAGGUUAACGGAAAAAUUCCUGGAUGAAAUGUUUAAGUUUAUUGAAAGUGGUCUUAAGAUGGAGAUUUGGGAUCAUUUG